AAAUCUAUCUAUCUAUCACAACAACCGGCUUCUCAAAGAAAGGUGCUCAGCAUCGAACCACCAAACAGAUAACACUGAAAAACCGUGAUAAACCAAAACGUGAAUUUUUUGAUGGUUUGAGACAGCUUCAACUUGUUUUUAGUAAGAUUCGGUUCGAGUUGCAUCAAUUUGGAAACUAAACUAGGAAAGGGGAAUACAGAAAAUGUGAAAAUUUGUUGAAAAAAGCGUAUAUCAUAGAUAUCAAGAUGGGAUCAAGCGAAAAGUUCUGCCUUCGAUGGAACGAUUUCGAAUCUAACAUAAGUGUCGCGUUUCGUGAACUGCGCGAGGAAAAAGACUUUUUUGACGUAACCCUAGCGUGUGACGAUUCACAGCUUCAAGCACACAAAGUCAUUCUCUCUGCUUGUUCACCUUUCUUCAGAAACAUUCUUCGGAAGAAUCCUCAUCAACACCCUCUAUUAUAUCUCAAGGGCGUAAAAUACAAGGAAUUAGUUUCAGUGUUGAACUUUAUGUAUAUGGGUGAGGUGAACGUUGCCCAGGAAGAGUUAAAUUCAUUCUUAUCCGUCGCUGAAGAGCUUAGGGUCAAAGGACUCACACAAAACAAUUCUUCAGAUAGUGCCAAACCUGAACCCAAAUCACGGUCCCGUGACCCCCCUGAAACCGCUCCUCCUGCCAAAAAAAACCGUCCGUCCGUCCCUCCUCCCACUCCCAGCCAAGACGAUGAUAUCCAGGAAGUAAUCCCUGUUAAAUCUGAACCCAGAGAUCAACCCGUACCUGUUAGUCAGGAGUUGAACCAUGGAUACCAGGAUACCGGGGACCAGGGUACGGUUGCACUGCAGGAAAACUAUCCCGAUGAUUAUGAUUAUGAAGGCUAUGAAGGAUAUGAUGAAGGUUCCUAUGACCCGAGUACGAUGCAAGCGACCGGAGCUGAUGGAAACAAAGCGGCAUUGAACCGUAUGAUGGAGAAGGUUCAGGGUGGGUGGCAGUGCUCUACUUGCGGAUUUUUCUCGACCUACAGCACCAACAUGAGGAACCACGUGGAGGCUAAGCACGUGACCUCCCAGGGAUAUAUCUGCCCGGAGUGCUCCAAGUGGUUUAAAACCAAGAACUCGUUAAACGUUCACAAACAACGAUCUCAUUUUUUGGCAGUUUAAUUCGCCGAUAUAGUAUCCAAACUAGGGCUAGCUGACCUGAAAUGUUUCUGUCUCUGACCAAUCUGUUAAAAAAUAUUCUUAAAAAUCUUUGUUAAAACUCCCCCCUUACUCCUUCAUUUUUUUAAGAUCUAACCUACGAAAAUGUCGUAAAACUUGUAGGUCUGUAAACUAUUCGGUUCCUCUAGGUCGGUUAACAAAGUACCUUCAAAUCAAGCUCUACCUAAUCUACCUGUGAAGAUAAUUUUAUUACAUUCAAUGACCUGAAAAUUUCCAUGAAAGAAUAAUUUUAUACCGUCAGGGUGCACACUGCGGAAAUAUUCCUUGUC